UUCCUUGAUUACCUUCCCUAUCCUUUCUUCCCGUUAUUUGUUCUUCGUUUUCCUGUCACCUUCCCCGGUUCCCCCCUACUCACCACCGAAGCCCCUCAUCGUCGCCCCGCCUCAGGGCAGCCCUUUGGGGGCCGUUUCCCACUUGAGUCAUACGCGCUUUAAGGCCCAAUCCCUCUCACCAAACUCAAUCUUUCCCUCUCUAUCUAUCAUUCUUUACCGAGCCCUAGCCGACCGAGCUUCUCACCCAGCACCGCGUUCCACAGUCCAACCCAAGAAGUUUUGGUCACUUGUAGCUCCUCUGGGUUCGGUACUUUCGGAAACAAAGAUUUUCGGUGACAAUCUCAGAUCUGGUAAAAAGUGAGAACAUGGAGGGGACAAUGACAGAGGUAUCGAUGUGCAGCAGUGCAAGCAGUACAGAGCUGACGCCAGAGGAAGAGAGGAUUAUGAUCCGGGACAUUGCUUUGACUGCCGAAGCUAAUAGCAAAGAGGGUGACUCCUUUUAUGUAAUCACUCAGAGAUGGUGGCAACAUUGGAUUGAAUAUGUGAACCAAGACCAGCAAAAUAAUGCAAAUGAUGGAUCUUCCUUGUCAGAGCAUGGUGAUUUGGUUGGUUCAAGCUCCCCAAAGAGGCCUGCUGGUAUUGAUAAUUCUGAUUUGAUAUAUGAUGCAGCAUCUGAUGACGCUAGCAUGGAUAUUGAGAUUCAUGAUACUCUACUAGAAGGCCGUGACUAUGUAUUGCUUCCACAAGAAGUUUGGAAUCAAUUAUAUUCGUGGUAUGGUGGUGGUCCAAUACUGGCUCGGAAAGUAAUCAGCUCAGGUCUUUCUCAGACAGAGUUGGCUGUUGAGGUGUAUCCUCUGCGCCUACAGUUACAUAUGAUGCCAAAAGGUGAUCGCUCUACUAUUAGAAUAAGCAAGAAGGAAACCAUUGGAGAGCUUCAUAGGAAAGCAUGUGAAAUUUUUUAUCUUAACUUGGAUCAAGUGUGCAUUUGGGAUUACUAUGGCCGUCGGAAACAUGCUUUGAUGAGUGAUAUGGAUAAAACACUUGAUGAUGCCAAUAUACAGAUGGAUCAGGAUAUUCUGGUGGAGGUCCUUAACCAUGUGAAUGGUACUGCACUGGCUGGUUCCAUGACUUCUGUUCAGGACAAUGGAUCUUCGCAGAGGGAAGCUACUUCUUUUCUUAUAGAGCCUUCUAAGUCAAGUUUAUCAAUUGCAGGAGGCUGGUCAGCAAGUAAGGGUGCAUCUAGAAGCAACAUUAUAGAGCUGCCACAGAAUCAGAACCCGAGUUCUCUGGUCAGAGAGGUUGAAAACGCUUAUGGAACCAGCAGCGUUAGUACAAGGGGUGCUACUGGUGGUUUGACUGGGUUGUUGAACCUUGGGAACACUUGUUUUAUGAACAGUUCAAUCCAGUGCCUUGUUCACACACCAGAGUUUGCUAGAUAUUUUCGGGAAGAUUAUCAUCAAGAGAUUAACUGGCAGAACCCUUUGGGCAUGGUGGGUGAACUAGCUUUAGCAUUUGGUGAAUUACUUCGGAAGCUAUGGGCACCUGGGAGAAUGCCAGUUGCCCCCCGAUCUUUUAAAGCAAAGCUUGCUCGCUUUGCACCUCAAUUUAGUGGAUACAAUCAACAUGACUCUCAGGAACUUUUAGCAUUCCUACUAGAUGGUCUUCAUGAAGAUUUGAAUCGUGUCAAACACAAACCCUAUCUAAAGUCCAAGGAUGCUGAUGGACGACCUGAUGAAGAAGUUGCUGACGAGUAUUGGGCGAAUCAUAUUGCUCGGAACGAUUCUAUAAUUGUUGAUGUGUGCCAAGGCCAGUUCAAGUCGACAUUAGUUUGUCCAGUGUGCAAUAAAGUCUCCAUCACAUUUGAUCCCUUCAUGUAUCUCUCCUUACCACUCCAGCUUACCAUUACCCGCACCAUGACAGUGACUGUUUUUACUUGUGAUGGAAGUGCCUUGCCAUCUGCUUGCACUGUGACUGUCCCCAAGCAGGGACGUUGCAGGGACUUAAUCCUGGCACUUAGCAGUGCAUGUUCCUUGAAGCAGAGCGAGAAGCUUUUGCUUGUGGAGAUACGAAACCAUUUGAUUCAAAAGUUUCUAGAAGAUCCUUUAAUAAUGUUGUCCACCAUCAAAGAUGAUGACCACCUUGCUGCCUACAAGAUGCCGAAGCUGGAAAAGAACACGAAAUAUCUUCAGUUAAUACACCGCCGCAGAGAGCAGGAAACUAGUGAUGCCGAAACCACGUCAGGAUGGAAACCCUAUGGGACUCCUCUUGUCUCAUCAAUCUCAUGUGAUGAUUUAAUUACAAGAGGGAAUAUACAGUUACUUGUUCACAAAAUGCUUUCUCCAAUUGCAAGAACAGAGAGCCUAGGACAAACUGCUAUUUCUAAUAUUAGCACCAGUAGAGCAGCUUCUGACCAAUGCUGUGAUAUCAGCUCCGGUGAAGCAUGCAUGGACUCCUCUACAUCAAAUUCACUAAACAAGGAUGGCACUAAUUCUGAAGCAGUAGCAUUACUCAGACUACCUCUUCAGUUGGUUGAUGAAAGUAAUGCUUGCAUUGAUCUGUCUGUGGGAGAGGACAAGCCUAUUAGACUGUCCUUAUCAUCAACUUCGAUACUAGUUUAUGUUGACUGGUCACAGAAGCUUCUAGAAAAGUAUGAUACACACUAUCUAGAGAACUUGCCAGAAGUGUUUAAUGGGCCACCUAGCAAGAAAGCCCGUACUGAACCUCUAUCCUUGUACACCUGCCUGGAAGCUUUCCUGCGUGAAGAACCACUGGUGCCUGAAGAGAUGUGGUACUGUCCCCAAUGCAAAGAGCAACGGCAAGCAAGUAAAAAGCUUGAUCUAUGGAGGCUUCCAGAAGUAUUAGUGAUCCAUCUAAAGCGAUUCUCAUACAGUAGGUCGAUGAAGCAUAAGGACCUGCUGAAGCUAGAAACCUUUGUCAACUUCCCUAUUCAUGACUUUGACUUAACAAAUUAUGUAGCCAACAAAAACAAUUCCCAACGUCAACUCUAUGAACUAUAUGCCUUAACUAACCACUAUGGUGGCAUGGGUGGUGGGCACUACACUGCACAUAUCAAGCUUCUAGAUGAGAAUAGGUGGUACAACUUUGAUGACAACCACAUAUCCCACAUAAAUGAGGAAGAAGUAAAGACAGCUGCUGCAUAUGUCCUCUUUUAUCGGAGGGUGAAGACUGAUGAUGCCACUGCUAGCAAUGGGGCACAGUCCUGUGCAGAUGUCAACAACAUUAGCUCUCAAAAGUGACACAAUGAGAUGUAUAUUUCUUGCUAAAAAUUGAGCAACACCCAGAUCUCACAGGCUGUUUACUGUGUCGAUUCGAAGUCUGAUUCUGCAGGUGAUUGUGGUGGAGCAAAAGUGGCAUGUUAAUUUAAGCAUUAAGAACUAGUCCUUUGCGGUUCUGAAGACGAUUUUAUGGUUUCAUAGCCGCAAAAAGCUGCUAAGAGUUGGCUGGGCGUCAAAAUACAUAUCACAGACGCUCCAAAUUCUAUUUUACUUGCCAAUUUAAGGGCGGCAGAUAUGUUUUUGAAUCCAAAAGCCCGAGGAUUUUAUUAUUUUAUGUUGUAAAAAGAUACUAAAUCUGUUUUUAUAUAUACCAACUGUCAUCCCGAUA